AUGGAUUCGAGCUUAGGCAACUAUGGAAACCGAGGAGGCGAAUAUGGAAACCGAGGAGGCAACUAUGGAAACCGAGGAGGCGAAUAUGGAAACCGAGGAGGUAGCUAUGGAAACCGAGGAGGCAACUAUGGGAGCCAAGGAGGCACGUACGGAGGAAGGGGAGUAAACUUCGGAGAUAACGAAGAUUCGGGCGAGGAGGGAACGAGAAGAGCCCAGUAUGGAGGCCGAGGAGGCAAUUAUGGAAACCGAGGAAACAACUACGGAGGAAAGGGAGGAGGCUACGGAGGAGGAGUAUUCUUCGGAGAUAGAGAAGGUUCCAACGAAGAGUGGCAUACUGACAACAGAUACGGAGGCCGAGGGAGCACCUUUGGAAGAAGAGUAUACACCUUCGGAGACAAUGAAGGUGGCUUCGGAAGAGGCAGAGGCAACACGAGACCACGAGGAUGGAGGAGGCAUUACCCCUGCAAGGACAGCGUGGAGGGCCCAGCAUGGUGGAAGAUCUGGAACUGCUGAUUGCCUAAUUGCCCUUUCAAAUGUCUUUCCGAUACGUAUCCACCCUUUUCCGAACUACGGUCUAUCACGCACUUUGCGCUGCACUAUUUGCGCUCUGCACCAUGCACGAUCUGCACCUGCACGCACCUUGUCCCUUUAUGAACCUUCGGCCGAUACAAACGCAUCUGAGUCGGAGUAAUAGCUUCUGUUUCAUCCAGAGAUUUGGAGCAAUCCGCCAAAAUAUAUGCAAAAAUAGAAAAUAUGAGAAAAUAUAGAAAAUAGAAAAAUAAAUAAAUAUAUGCAAAAAAGCCAAAACGCCG